AUGCGGGAGGCGGUGCGGACGGGCGUUGCGGCGCGGGGCGGUCCGGGGUGGAGCUGCGGCGCAGGGAGAGAGAAGCCGGCUCGUGCGCUGGCGCUGCUGCUGCUUGGGGCUGGGGCUGAGGGCUGGCGGCCGGGCGCGGGCGCACCGGUGUUCGGCGUGCCGCUGGGACGCGGCGGCCGCCUGGCGCUGCCGUGGACGCAAGCCGACGAGGCGCGCCCGCGCCCGUGCGCUUCGAGGCUGCACGCCCUAGGCGCCGCCGGGGCACGCGAUACAUGGGCUAACGAAGAUGGUCUGUUAGAGGUAGAUAAAGAUCAGAACUGUCUUGAAUUCCGACAUGUGCAACGACACAAUGUCACAAAAUUCACGUUCAUGAGACAUUUUGAUACGUGCGAUGAUCACGAUUACGUCAUAGAGUACGAGGCGGUGAUCCAGCCGGGCAACGAGGCGCUGGUGCACCACAUGGAGGUGUUCCACUGCGAGGCGCCGGCGGGCGAGGCGGUGCCGGCCUACGACGGGCCGUGCUUCGCCGCCGAGCGGCCCGCGCCCACGCAGGUGUGCAAGCGCGUGCUGGCCGCCUGGGCCAUGGGCGCGCUGCCCUUCUCCUACCCGGAGGAAGCAGGCUUGCCUAUAGGAGGACCAGACUACAAUCUGUAUGUUAUGCUUGAAGUUCACUACAACAAUCCAGAACAAAGAGAUGACUGGGUGGACAGCUCCGGAGUACGCCUCUACCUGACGCCCACGCUGCGGAAGUACGACGGCGGAGUCAUUGAACUCGGGUUGGAGUACACCGACAAGAUGGCCAUCCCCCCGGGCCAGGCGGAGUUCAUGCUGAGUGGUUACUGUGUCACGGAAUGCACCGCUGUGGCGGUGCCGGCGGACGGCAUCGUGGUGUUCGGGUCGCAGCUGCACACGCACCUGACGGGCGUGCGCGUGCUGACGCGCCACUUCCGCGACGGCCGCGAGCUGCCCGAGCUCAACCGCGACAACCACUACAGCACGCACUUCCAGGAGAUUCGCCCCCUCAAGCGGCGCGUGCGCGUGCUGCCCGGCGAUGCACUGAUCACAACCUGUGGAUAUAAGACGGAUGACAGAGACAACAUAACUUUGGGCGGAUUCGCUAUCAGUGACGAAAUGUGCGUCAACUACGUGCACUAUUUUCCCAAGAUCGAUUUGGAAGUCUGCAAGAGUUCCAUAAGCAGCGAAAGUCUCAGCACCUACUUCCGGUUCAUGCAUGAGUGGGAGCGGCAGCGCACGGGCGCGUCGCUCGGCGUGUCGGACAACUACCGCGCCAUCGAGUGGACUCCGCUGCGCGCGCGCCUGCUGGCCGACCUGUACCACGAGGCGCCGCUCUCCAUGCAGUGCAACCAGUCGACCGGCGAGCGCUUCCCGGGCUAUUGGGAGAACAUCCCGGUGCCGCCCGUGCUGUUCCCGCUGCCGCCGCCGCCGCGCCUCUGCCACCUCGCCCACUGAGGCGCGCCGCUCGCCUCGCCACGCCUCCUUCCGAGCGCACGUUCAAUCAACGCCACUCCCGGUUGGAUCAUCCAGAAUUUCUUUGAUUUCUAAAGCGUUUACUGCUCAUCUCGAAGUGUUUUCUCUCUCCUCAAAUGGCAUAGACUGCUGGGUUCCAGGUGCCAAACCCAUUUCCUAAUCCGACUAUGGUUAUAAUUAUUCAACUUAGCAAUGCAUCCUUGGAAGAUCUGAUAUUGUUUGAAGUCUAUAUAUCAGAACGGACUUGGUCUAACUGGUCAGUAAUUGUAAUUAUGACUGUUAACUGCCAAUCUAUGAUUACUAUUUCUGUGCUUCAAAGAAUUUCCCGGACACCUAGUAAUUUGUGUACUGUCCUUUAGCCAUUGCCAUCAAUUGUUUUCUUGCUAAAUCCAAACAUGCUCGGAACGAUUAUGGGUACAUUCUUGGAAAACAACACACAUACGAUAAAUGUCAAAAUAAUACUGUAGAUUUGUGUAUAUAUUGUUUAGAUGUAAUUUCCUCAAUGUUAAAAAAAUCAGCACCACGCACCCUACUCGUUUGCUGCAUCGAAUCAAUUAGAAUCGCCAUGUUACAGAGUAAGAACGUGUCAGGACUGUUUCAGAACGUUACGACACGGAUUGUCCAUGAUAUCUGCAAUACAUUCUACGCCAGUUUUAAGCCAUGAUUGAGCAAAAAGCAAUGAACUGUCAGAUCUCACAGCCAGCCAUAUGUGUGAUCUGACUAUUGUAUAUAGAUAUUUAAAAAAUAUAUUAAUAUUAUAUGUUAUGGCAUUUUAAUGAAUUGGUAAUUUUCAUUCCCUGAUCCUAUUUACUCAAUCCAUCUCACCUCAAAACGUCGAAUAAUAUUAAAGCUACAGAAGUGCAAAGAAAUCUACUCAAGGAUGUAGGUGCUGAAAAAAUAUGUGAAUUCGCUCUCACAAGAAUGAUCGCACACUUCCACACAAUACAAGAGUAAAGACGUUCAAUUUUCAAAGAACUGUGAAGAGAUCGAACUUUAAAGUGAUCUCAAUGAUUUUGUGAUUUACCAUUCAUAAAUCGUAGAAAAGUCUAAUUAACAAUAACUUAGUGCAAAGCCUGUCGAAUGUAUUUGUUAAAUCAAUUGUCGACGAUAGUGGCAAGUUAAUAUAUGAGUUGUCACAAAUUAUACCUCUUAUGUGAACGCUAAAAAUGAAAUGUGUAUCAGAAUUAUGAUUUUACCCACUUUAUUUAAAGUUAAAUGUUUCGACAUUUAGGUAUUUCGUAAUGAAUUUUAUUACAUUGCAAAUAUAUUAAUUAUACCAAUCCCUCUUUGUAUUUGUAAUUUGACUAUAUCCUGAGAAAUUUUGCAUAUCUUUUUUUUAACCUGGGGAUUUCCACGUAUCGUAACGUCUUAGUAAAUUACGUAAAGCAAAUUUCGAGUAUUUUGAAUACCCCGUAUCCCUCCUGUAACGCGCACUUGAAACCCCCCCAACGUAACGUUGUUCACAUUACCCCUCUUAUAAAUUCAAGAAUAAAAAUAAAUCAUAACAUAGUAAAUACAAUUUGUAUUUAUUUUACUUGUAUUGAAAAUUUUAAAAUUAAUGAUAAUGAGUAGAAACCAGUUGGAAAUGCUGGCUGCACCUAACAAUAAAUUUUGGGCAAGUUGUGAGUGAAGGAAGAACGCAAGGGGCGAGCACAUGUUUGCUCACAAGCUGUGCUCACGCCGUUGUAGAUGUCGCAUAAGCGGGAGCCUACUGCGUCAAUU